ACUCUGCACUGUUUUGGCCUCCAUGUUGUGUGUUCCCUGGGAGCCUUGUACCGGAAGCCGCUUCGGGAGGUGAUUGGUCAGACCUCAGCCAAUGACGGCGUAAGGCUGGGGAGGAGCGCGUCCCCUCAUUGGCCGGCUCUUCACAUUGGCCCGCCCUCCUCCUCGGCCGCCGGGGCACAGGUGAGCCGGGGCCCACCUGAGAGAGGCAUCAUUGCUCACCUGGAGCGGAGGAUGCGGCUGCGCUCGGGCUUCCUGGCCGCCGCGGGGCUCCUGGUCCAGGCGCUGGGGGCCGGGCUGUUCCUCCGGGGCUUCUUCCCGGUGCCAGUGAGGAGCGGGGCCUCCUCUGCAGCCCAGCACCCGCCUCCGGAGCCCCCCAACGCAGGAUUGUCUUCCAACUGGACCAAGAUCCCACCUCCUCUGUUUAAAAAAGCAGUCAUAGUGCUAAUCGACGCACUAAGAGAUGACUUUGUUUUUGGUUCGAAAGGGAAACUGUACAUGCCCUUUACAACACAGAUGAUCGAAAGAGGAGCAUCGCAUAGUUUUAUUGCAGAAGCAAAGCCGCCUACAGUCACUAUGCCUCGAAUUAAAGCAUUAACAACUGGCAGUAUCCCAGGCUUCAUUGAUGUCAUUAUGAACCUCAAUUCUCCUGCCUUGCUGGAGGACAACUUGAUCUGGCAGGCCAAGGCAGCUGGGAAGAGGAUCAUCUUUUACGGUGAUGACACUUGGGUUAGACUGUUUCCAAAACAGUUUGUAGAAUAUGAUGGAACAACAUCCUUUUUUGUCUCCGACUACACUGAGGUUGACAACAAUGUGACCAGACACUUGGAUCAUGUGCUAAAAAGAGAAGACUGGGAUUUACUCAUCCUUCACUAUUUAGGGCUGGAUCAUAUUGGCCACCUGAGUGGACCAAACAGCCCUUUAGUAGGGCCAAAACUUUCCGAAAUGGAUAACGUCAUCAAGAAGAUCCAUACUUCUCUCUUCUCCAAGGAGGAAGGAGAGAUGGCUCUGCCCCCUUUACUGGUUGUGUGCGGUGACCAUGGAAUGUCUGAAACAGGGAGCCAUGGAGGUUCUUCAGAGGGCGAAGUGCAAACACCUUUGCUUUUGUUCAGCUCUGCUUUUGACAGAAAAAGUGGUUCCCAGAAACCUCCAGAACCUGUUCAGCAGACUGACUUAGCUGUUACACUGGCACUAGGCCUUGGCUUGCCAAUUUCAAGGAACAGCGUUGGGAAGCUAUUGAUGCCUGUUGUACAACAGAAGACAAUGAGAGAACAGCUACGGUACUUGCAUUUAAAUGGAUUCCAGCUCAGCAGACUUCUCCAAGAAAAUGUGCCAGCUUAUGAAAAAGAUCCUGGAUUUGAACAGUUUAAGAUGGCAGAAAAAUCUCAUGGAAAUUGGAUCAAGCUUUAUUUGGAGGGGAAUACUUCAGAAACUCUCAUAAAUCUUGGCAAAAAGGUCCUUAAGCAAUAUUUGGAAGCUCUCAAGAUCCUGAGCUCUUCUCUCAGCAAGCAAGUGGCGCAAUAUGACAUGUAUUCAAUGAUAGUGGGAACAGUGAUUGUUUUAGAGGUGCUGCUGCUACUCCUGUUGAGCACCCCAAAAGCCCUUAGCAGUAGGGCCCAACUGGAAAUCCCCCUCUCUCCAUUAUGCUCUCUGCUGUUCUACCUGUUGUGCCUGAUGCUUUGCGCUGUUCAUGUAGUGGUUUGUACCUCAACGGAAAGCUUGUGCUAUUUCUGCAGCAUCUCAUGGCUAACAGCCAUUGGAGUGAUUAUGCUGGUUUCUGGACUUUUGUGUGUCAUCCUGUCUGCUGUGGAAAAGGAGUUUGUGAAUUCAAAUCAACCGGCAAAGAAUCCAGCUGCCUCCACUUCCAGCUGGUCUGAAUUAGAUGUACUCAUCCUGGCAGGCACGAUUGGCCAUGUGUCAAGCCUGGGUGCUAGCAGCUUUAUUGAAGAAGAGCACCAAACGUGGUACUUUCUCAUCAAUACCCUAUGCCUUGCUCUGUGUCAAGAGAUCUGCAGACACUAUUUCUUGGCCAAAGAAUGUGAUCUUCAGCUUCUCUCUGCAGCAAAACCCUCUUCUGGAGAAGUAAAGGGAGCAUCUUCCCACCAUAGGAGUGAUGUUGACCUGUUCCAGGAUGAUUUGAAAAUGGGCAAGAUCACUUCCAUUGAAAACAGGAGCGGUUCUGAGAAGUGGAUGGCAUUAUUGACUCCAUGGGUCAUUCUUAUUUGCUGCCGGCUGCUUCGAUCAUUAAAUCAGACUGGAGUUCAGUGGGCGCAUAGGCCAGAUUUUGGACACUGGUUGACAAGUUCCGAACAUAAACCUGAACUUUCUCUUCUGGCAGCAGUAUCCCUAGUUAUGAUCUUUAUUCUUGUUCAGCGGAGAUGUUCUCUGGUUUCGAAAAUAGCAAUGGCACUCGGACUCUUGGGAGUGUACAGUUACCGGGCAGCCAUUGGAAAUGUGGAAUUUCCAUGGCAACAAGACAGCCAAGAUAUUUCAAAGGGCAUAAUUGAAGCACGGUUCGUUUAUGUCUUCGUUCUUGGCAUCAUCUUCACAGGCACCAAAGACUUGCUCAAAUCUCAGGUUCUCUCUGUAGACCCAAAAACCAAGUUAAUUGGUUUGUGGGAAAUAUACAGUGGGCUGGUGUUGCUCGCAGCACUCCUGUUGAGACCUCACAACUUACCAGUUUUGGUCUUCUGUCUGCUCUUCCAAGCCAUGAUGACAAAGUUUGUUUGGAAGCCACUGGAGUUUGAUGCUGCUCAAGUUACUAUAAUGCACUACUGGUUUGGUCAAGCUUUCUUCUUUUUUCAGGGUAAUUCAAAUAGCAUUGCUUCCGUGGAUGUUUCAGCUGGUUUUGUUGGGCUAGACAACUACGUAGAAAUCCCAGCGAUCUUCCUAACAGGAUUUGCAACAUAUUCAGGACCUUUGCUGUGGGCAAUUCAUUUGCUGUGCUAUUUGAGUUCUGAAGUUCACAGGAAUCCGGCGGCUAUGGGCCAUGGCUGUUUCUGUUAUGCGCUGCUGCGCUCCAUCCCUGUUGCAGUGUACAUCAUCUUGGUCACAGGUUUGCGGUACCAUCUCUUCAUUUGGAGUGUCUUUUCACCAAAGCUCCUCUAUGAGGGGGUGUAUGUCUUCAUCACAGCCGGUGUGUGCACCUUCUUCACAGCAAUGGAUCAGAACCACUUGCGCAAAGUCCAAGACUGAAAGUGACUAUCAGGUGCAAUCUGACAUAAUUUUCAGCAAGAGACUGAAUCUCUACUGUGGAUUGUGGAUUCUUUUCUUUCAGAUUACACAGUGAACUUUAAAGAUCAAUCUAUUUUUAGCAAGCAUGUUUUAUAAAUCAGCUACACUGGAACGAGUCCAUCCUGAAGUGCUGUUACAGAGAUAAUGGGGGUGAUCUUUCAAACUCUAAUAAAAAGACUUGGGAAUAGAUUGCACACCCCUUGUCCUUUCCAGGACCAAAUCUCAUGGCCAACAGUUCAGCAUUGCAUUUGCAUUGAUCUUAAAUGCAAUACUGACUUUCUCAUUAAGUAGGAUUCUUAACCAGGGCCUGAAGCUGGUUAAACUGAUUAUGUUUGAACAUGGCUCAUGGUAAUUAUAGUUAAUACACACACUGAAUACUUAACAAUGGUUAAGGUAGGCGGAAAGAAAUUGGCACUGGAAGGGAUUGCAACCUAUACCUAAUCUUUUAAUUGAAAUUGAGAUAUCACCUCUGUUGCAUCUUCAGUCUUCAAAUGAUCUAGCUUUAGACACUGGAAAAGGAGCAGCCCAAGGGAGUUCCUACCCUUUGAAUUCCUUCAUAUUGGAGUUAUUUUUUCUGUAUCCAAAGAGAAUCUACAUCCAGUCUCCAAAGAGUUGUUAAUAGAUUUCUAAUAGCAGGGUAGGGUGACUUCUAUCUGUCACCAGGAUUGUGUGCUGACAUUUUAUUUCAUGAUGGGUCCCCAAUUCUCAUUUCCUAGGUGGGAGUUGUUCCUUUAGAGAGUAGUUUUCUAUCCUUGACAACUUGAGUGGAAAGCUGGCUUGCAAUCAGUGCUCCAAAGUUUUAAAAUGUGAAUUACUAUCCCUCUUUGCUUUUUGUUAUGCAACGGGCAAAAGAAGUCAGAGAUGAAAUGCUAAAGCAACAUUAGAAGUCCAGAGUUGGAGUAAGUUUGCUUAAUGUGAGAGAGAAUAGUAUUUCCAUAGGCUCUUUUUGAACUGAUGAAUCCAAUGCAUGGGAGUGGCUGCUUUCCUGGGUGGGGUAAGGAAUGCUGUUAGUCAAUGCCUCUGCUUUCCAAAUCAUCCACUGCAAAGCCAUACCUUUUGGGAAUGCCUUCUAGCUUGAGAAAAAGGAGAGUGGAGGUAGAAAUGAUGGCGUUCCCUCCUGAAAAUCCAGGAGCUGGUUUCAGUGGAAGGAACUAAUGUCUCCCAAAGCUAGAUCCUAAAUUGUAGAUGGAGGAGAAGCAGUCAGAAAUCACACUACCCCCCCCCCACCCCCAGGCUACAAGGUUGUGGGGUGCAGUGCAUCUUUUAAGAUGCCAUCUCCCUUACUCUAGUUGCCUGUUUUCUGUUUCUUUUGAUAUGCUCUGAACAUGAUGCCACAUAAUAUGACCAGAUGUUGUUAACUUGAGGAUAUAUAUAUAUAUAUAUAUAUAUAUAUAUAUGAGAAUGAAAAUGCAAUAUAAUGUACACAUAGCAGCUAUAUGAAUAUAGCUUACAGAGUUUCCUUUAGUUUGCUUUGGUUAUUUUGUUUCUGUAAACAGCCGGCAAAGAAUAUGAAAGAGCUCUGGCAGACUUAAACAGCUGUUAUAUCUGAAAAACUGUAUAAAAUUCCUUUUGAGCAAUGAUGGAACCUUUUACAACUAAACCCAACCAAUGUCAUUAUUUUUGAUAGCUGGAUCCCGGUAUGGCAAUGUUAUAUAUGUAAUUAUGUAAGUUACUUUCUAUCAGAGAAUGUCGGCACAUAUGGAGCUGACAACAAGCUUUGUGUAAAAUAAGAAGUGCAAAAUAUAUGUUUUUAAAAAGAAGUUAUAUUUAUAUGCUGUUUAUGGAAACCAAAAUUCUGAGGGUGAACUUGCUUUUCUAUAUAGACCUAUUCAGAUGCUGCUUUCCUCUUAAGAGUCUAAUCAGUGUGGUAUGAAUGGAAGCUGGUCUUGAGUUUUCCUUCACAUCAUCAUAUGCUUGAACCAGGAUUUACUGUUUUUAUUGAUCUAUCCCAGUUCAGUAGUCCAUUCUCCAAUGGGUGCAUAAAAAGCUCACUUUAUAUCUAAAUACAAAACACACUGGCUUACACUUUAUAGUCUAUCUCAUGCUGGUGGUGUUUUGUGAUGUGUGUUUGUGAGUAUAUGCUAGCAAAGUAGUUAUCACAUUGAUUGCAUUGUAAGGUAGUGUCUAAACCCAUCCCCUAUAAUUUUAAGUAUGAUUAUGUUGAACAAAUGUAAAUCAAAUUGAAAUGCUAGCAUGUGGAAUAGCAGGCCCACCAGAUGUUUGGGAUUGCUACUUCCCAACUCCCUUACCUUUGCUAGCUGGGGUUUCUGGAAGUCCAAAACACCUGGAUGACCAAAGAAUCCCUUCCUAGAAUAUUCUUGGGGUUCUGAUUUGCUCUUCUUGUGUAGAAGUGGAAGGGAAAUGCUGUGAGCGAUGAUGAUUUACAAGGUUCCUUUAUUAAUCUCCACAGUGGUACAAACAAAGAAUACGAAAGGCCUAAUAAUGGCUUUUCUGUAACAUAUGCAGCUGUAAAUCUCAUUGUCUUUAGCUACACAGUUCUAAAAACACUUGAUUAUUUACACUUUAUUGAAAGCUGUUGGAAUGGUAAUCAGUGGCUGAGCAAAUAACAUCACUCUGGCAAACCUCCUCAGUUAAUAUUUCCCUUGCUUGGAAAACCACUUGUUCCUUAUAUUUCUAGGAGAGUGUUUUCUAAACUAAACUCUUUGCCUGCAGAGAUCAUGAACCCCCUCAGUUCGAGGUGAGUUGUUGCUCAGGCAUGUGCCCUCUCUGGAAGACAAGCCUAGAGCAUUGCAAGCCUGGAGCAAUGGCUCAUGCACAGUUUCAGCAAGUCACCCCAAUGAGGACGGGAAAUUCUGCUGUCUCUGGAAGUAACCAAAUGAUCCAACCAUGGCUGAGGCACAGGGGCCACGUGUCCUCAGGCACCUGCUGUAUGCCUUCCCAGGGCCAACAACUUCCAUCUCCUGCCCCCAAGUGGUCUUGCUGAGCAGGAGUAGUGGCAGCUGGGAAAAGCCCAACUUUAAAUUCCAUUUAAAUGGCUCCCCAUGACAAGGAGUAGCAUUUGAUGAACAGUUGAGAGGAUGGGUCACAUCCAUGCCAUGGAUUGUGGUGACAGUGAUAGUGGUGCUGCUGUUGGUAACCUCUGGAAUUAAGUAGAAGAGCUCAGAGUGCAGAACUUGGAAAGUAACUUUUAAAAAGUAUUCAAUUCCUUUCCCUUGGUACAGUUUUUAAAAGUAAUUAUUACUGAAUAUAUUCAUAUAUAAGUUAGAAAUAUAUUUUAAAAAUUGAUCCCCACAAAACUGAGUCAACCAAUGUAAAAACUUUAACUCUUAUUUUAAAGAGGAACCAACUCCUGGUGAAAGUCAAGUGCAUAAUAUGUCCUGGGAGCACUGACCACCAGCUCUACUCUCAUCUAUCCAGCUUUUAGUGUGAGCACAUUGAUACCUGCCAAAAUUUUGUAAAUUAGGUGGCAUUGUUUUCCUUUGCUUCAUCCUUCAGAUACUUUGUUAUAUGCCCCUAAGUUUUAUCCUCAACUUAUCCAUGAGUCAUGUCAAAAUCUCUAAUUUUGGCCCCCAAACCUG